CCAUCUCCCCACCCUCUCCCCGCAGUGUACGCGGUCGCGGAGCGCUCGCUGCGCUGGGAGCCGCGGUGCCGGCAGCAGCUCCGCCACCUGCAGGACGGCGCCAGGAUCGAGGCGCGGCUCCCGCCCCGCCUGGAGGGCCAUUGGGUCUCCACCGGGUGUGAGGUGCGGCCAGGACCAGAGUUCCUCACCCGCUCCUACCUUUUCUACGCCAACCGCCUCUUCAAGGCCUUCCAGUUCUACUACUGGGACCCGUCCUGCCGUGAGCCCUCCUACUCGCUGGUCAUCAAGGGCAAGCUGCGGCUGCGCCAGGCCUCCUGGAUCACCCGCGGGGCCACCGAGGCUGACUACCACCUGCACAAGGUGGGCAUCGUUUUCCACAGCCAGAAGGCCAUGCGGGAGGUGGCCUCCCGCAUCAACCAAAGCUCGGGUGAGGGCUGCAGUGGUUUCCUGCCCCCGGGCCGUGCCUGGGCGCCCGGAGCCCUGUACGAACUGCUGAGCGCCAAAACCGAGCGUGACUGCACUGCGGCCCUGGGCUUCGCCAUGCACGAGCUGAGCCUGGUGCGGGUGGAGACGCACCACCAGCCCCUGCCAGGGCCGCAGCAGAGCGGCAGCAGCCUGGUGGAGGAGCUGUACCUGGGAGACAUCCAUACGGACUGGCUGGAGCGGCUGCACUACCGCCCGACGGGCUACCAGCGUCCGCUGCAGAGCGCUGUGCACCACACGCAUCCCUGCCCGGCCUGUGGGGCCAUCUACAGAGCUGACGAGCACCACCCGCCCAUCCUGCCUGCCCAGGUCGAGCUGCCGGUGCAGCUGAGCGGCAGCUGGGUGAGCACCCGCUGCGAGGUGCGCCCUGCCGUGCUCUUCCUCACUCGGUACUUCAUCUUCCACGGCAGCAACCACACCUGGCAGGGCUACUACUACCACUACUCCGACCCGCUCUGCAAGCAGCCCACUUUCACCAUUUACGCAUCUGGGCGUUACACCCAGGGCGUCCCCUCCUCCAAGGUGAAAGGGGGCAUGGAGCUGGCUUUCAAAGUCACACAAGCACGGGUGACGCCCAUGGAUCAGGUGACGGUGAUGAUGCUGAACUCCUCCGAACCGGGGAGCUGCGGGCUGGCGAGCUCCUGGAGUGCUGGCGUGGAGCAGGAUAUAACGCCAACCAACGGCUGCUUGGCUUUGGGCAUCAGGCUGCCCCACAUGGAGUAUGAGCUCUUCAGAACAGAGCACGACCCCAAGGAGCGCAGCCUGCUGUACAUCGGUGAGAGGCCCACGGAUGGAUCCAGCCCUGACCGCCCCGACAAACGGCCCACGUCCUACCAGGCACCCCUGGUUCAGUGUGCGGGUGCAUCAGAGGAGUUCCCUAACUACUAUAGUCUGAAAUAUGUGGGGAAAGAGGGUGCUAAUGGCAGCGAAGAACUAAAACCUUUGCCUGUGGCUCUCUUGCUGUUGAUAGCGCUGCAGGUGUUAAGAUGGGACUAGCUCUCUAUUCAGGUACAGCACAGAACCCAUAUAGUCUUGGUGCUAAUAUGAUUUUUGUAACUUCCAACUGAGCACAUCUGGAACCAGUUUUACUUAGACUUGGAAACGCUUUAAAAGAAAAAAAAGAAGGCAAAAAAACAAAGAACAGUGAAUGAAGCCAAGAAGAUGUGCCUGAUCACGUACUGCCUGAUGGCUUUGUUGCCUCAUCUCCCCUUGUCUUUGCAUACCAAUGUAAUGUAGUGACAUGGAUGCACUGCACAUUGCAGUAAGUACUUCAGCAAUAUGAGGGGAAAAAGAGCAACAUCAAUUGCAACUGAUGCUUUGAGCUUUUGGCACUGCUGAGAUUUAAUCAAGGGCUUAGUUCAGAUGUAAUUCAAACAUCCAGAGUGUCAGCUGCUGAGUUUUUUUGAGGUUAAGCUCCCUCCGCCAUAGUCCUUAUUGCUGCUUGUGCAAAUUUGAUCUGCAGCGUCCAUCAGCACCAGAUACAGUGUCAGCAAAUGCUCUCACUAAGGACACACCUAAUGAUGCCUCUCAGUUUAUAGAUGUUUUCUGCAGUUUUCACAUGUACUUACAUGUGCAGAUGCAGAGCAGCAACCCCAGAGCAUCACCUGACAGACUGCUCUGCCUGACUCUGGUCAUAAGAAAAGCUACAGCAAAUAGAAAGGGCUCCUGUGCAUAGCAGUGCCAACUCCCAGCAUUCUGUAGCUGCAGACACUGCAUCCUUGCUGCACUAUUUUGGCACUGCCAAUCGCAGCUCCCACUCACAGGCAGUGUGCAAUGCAGAAGAUCACUCAGGUCUUCUCAGGCUGUAUAUUUUCACUGUCUCCUAAGUGCACUGGCUGUUAAUCCAGCUGUCGUAUCAGUUGGACUGUCACUGCCAGCCCCGUUCACUUGAAGAUGGUUUAUAAAUCUACCUGCAGUGAACAAUGCGCUGAGGAGACGACUCUGAGCAGCACUGUCAGACUGUCCAGAGCUCUGCUGGCAAGAAGGAAAAAGUAAGAAAUUACAUCUCCUUUGCUGCAGCCAAGAAGCAUAUAACUCACCUGGGGAAGACCUCUUCCCAGUAGCUAAAUCCCCUCCAAAUAAGCCUAUAUAUCUUACAAAGGAUAUUUUUGUUAAACCAUCUAUGCAACAGCUACUUUCUUAAUGCUGUUUUUACAAACUUGCAGCUUUUACUUAAAUAAUUUAUGGGUUUUAUAGCAUCAAAGUACUUUUUGGGGGGAACUGUACAUUAAUAAUUCAGAUGAGAUGCUUAUUAAAUGCAUACCAUUGUGACAUAAAUGUUGUCAGCAUGUUCACAUGUUCCAGGCCCACGUAAGCAGCCACAUCUCUGAUGUGCACAGUGGCCAAACUCGGCUCGUCUGCCUUCAGUUCCAUCUGCGAUCCAUGGAGACUGCUCCAGGGUUUAGCUCAGCAGGCACAAUGCCUCCAUUCGUUGCCAAAGCUUGUUGUGCUUUGUUGCUUGCUGCUGCAUGGAGAUGUGUGGGCAAACAUUUGAAGAACUGAAGUCCCACCAUGAGGAACAGGGCUUUUGUCAACUUGGGACACCCUGGGAAGGUGCAAUGUAUGAUUGAAGCAUAGCAGCACUGCCUCUUAUUGAAGCUGCAUGAAAUUUUUUCCAUAGCAGAGCUGUUUGCCAUCACCAAUUAAUGCAACGUAGGAGUUUAUGAUACUCAAAACUGGAGAAAGAACCCAGCUCCCCCGCAGCAGCCGUGGUGCUCAGCACUGCUCAGCUCUGCAGCAGUGAGCACAGCCCUGCACAGCGCUUCAUACUUCGGAAAGGAAAAAAAGCCAUGGAAAUGCUAUCUGCAUAAAUAUUGCAACUUUUAUUGUUCUUUUCACAGUUUGGGGAGAAACAUUUCUAAAUUAUACAGUUAUUCUCUCAAGAAUUUGUGCCUUUUUUCCAAUCUGACAGUGAGUCUUGUUUUGCUCAUUUUGCUAAGAUCAAAGAGAGAGUGCUGUUUGGUAUUUUCUGUGCGUGAAGGUAGUCGUGCACUGUCAUCAAGACAUUUUCAGAUAAACUCAGCCAACCAGUUUUCUCUCUCGCUCUAUGGCCUUUCACACUCUGCUAGUAAUUUUGCUAAGUUUUGAAUCUCUUUUUGCAUCUAUCCCAAUUAUCCAGCUUCUCUCUCAACAUGCAAAUAUCCAAAUUGCAUCAAAAAUUCCCAUCUCAUAGCUGAGACAUACAGAAGUACAAUCACUGCCAGGGAUAAUUCAAAACAACACGACCUUUGUCAGUUUUUCACCCUGGGACUGCACUGGGAGCACAGGUGGAGCUCUCAUUCUCUGACUCUGGGCAUGGAGAUGUUCAUCACGUUACUGUUUUCUCAGUAGUGAUUUUAUGUAUAUUUUCACCAGUGAUUUGGAAGCACUGAAUUGUAUCAGAUCCCUGCAGAAGCCUUCUGUGAGCAUCCCCAUUUCCCUGCGGUUGCCUUGCAAGGACCACUUCUGAAACGUGUGAUUUUCACAGAACACCAGGCUUUGCUGGGAGUCCGGCUACACUCAACCCACAUUAAUCCCAAAGAAAAAAGAGAAAUAAAGACAGGAUGAAAUAAGUGACUUACACGAUGCUCCUCCAUUAGUGUUCAUCUCCUUUUUCAUCCCUUUCCCAGGGCUGACCAGCUAAGCAAGCACAUACCUGCUCACCCCAUAUUGCAUGCCACCCUCAUCAGCAGAGAUGGCCUCAGACAUCUCCCUUAGAAGUACUGACAGAAGUUUUAUAGACUGAAUUUAAAGAUGCUAACUUUGAAUGUUAAGCACCACUAAUGAAUGACAUCAGCUCUCCAGUUCUCCUAGCUCGUCACUAGCAGUUUCACCACCUGCAUCCAGAAACAACCCUUAUCUCCUGCCAAGAUUUCCUCGGUACCUCAGCUCUUCACCCCCCUCAACCCCCCCAAGCACUAAAGCCCAUACAUUUUUCUUUUCCUUUGGCUAUUGCUUUCCUUAUUAAUUUUCUACACUUCAUAACUCUUAUCCUUAGUGUUGACUGCUGUCAGUUUCCCUUUUUCUUGUUUUAUAUUACAUCUAUUUUCCCCCUCAUUCAUCACUGAAAUAGGAUGGGCUUUUUGCCAAAGUUGUUCUCUUCCUUAAUUGCCAAACUGUUGAGGUUGGGCCAUUUCCUACCUUUCUUAUAGAAAACUGCCAGUUCUAAUUCUGCUUGCCAUCUAAUUUCUUCUUCACCAGCAGAUUUAAUGCUAAUUUGCUGAGCUGUGCCCUUUGGAAGCACCACACAGGUUCCCUGGCAGCUUGCAGGCCUACACCUGAAUGCAGGGGGGAUCCCCCAGGGAGCACCAACUCCUGGUGCUCUGAUUCCUUUCUCAGCCAGCACAACCACAACAAAAGCAAAUACCUUCAUGCCUAACACUGUAUUAAAAUCGAGGACGUAACAAGCAUCAGAUCUGCCUUCUGAACUCUGUUCGACUCUGAAGUACACACGUGCCUUCUUGCUGUAGCUGUGAAGAAAAAGCAAGCUGAGGGCUGUUUGUACCAGCUGGAAGUCAGUGAUACAGCCACACGUGUCUCAAAGCCUUCCUCUGAACUUCUAAUAUAGUUAAAAUGAUGAAAAGUACUACCUCCAAAAACAGAAGAAAAAAAAAAAGCACAUUUCAAGCAUUCUGCAUACGCUUAGUAGCUUCCUGCUGUGCAUGUGAGCAUCAGUCUCACACAUCCAGCCCCACCAUUACUCAGAUGCAUGGCCUCUGUGAUGCUCUGCUCCUGGAGCAGCACACUGGUGUACAGCUGCCAACUCAGCCUUGGGUUGGAUCUGUUCAACAGUUCCAUUAGCAGGAACAAACUUUUUCCAGUGAUCCAUCCUCAUCCCGUGUUUAAAAUGCUUCACAAUGUUUUCUAAUUUGCCCCCCAAAACAACACACAAAGUUUUAAAACACUUCUGGGCAAAUCAUUAGCACUGAGUUAGUGCUUCAUCUGAUAACCAAUCCACACUGAAUCUAAAAGCUUCAUACUGACUAUGACCACACUGCACUGAGGCAGCAGAGGACAGAAAGGAGAUGGCUGACUGCACCCAGACACCAGGAGCAAACUAUCAGCAUGGCAGUGAAACACACAGCAGCUGCUGCUCCACCUGCAGCCUCACAGCAGAGUCAGCCCUGAUGUACAGGUGGGUUCCGUGUUGUGCCACAUUGAUUCCAGUGACCUUUCAAAAACCAAAUUAUAUAGAUCUUAAGAAGACUUAAGGUGAUGCAGUGCUGUUGCUGAACACCCUCUGAUCAGCCGCAGCCCAGUGCUGCAAUGGGCAUCAGAGCCACCUCCCACCCCCUCCAAGCAGCCAAACCCGCAGCUCAGCUCUGUCAUCUCCCAGCUCCUGACUUUGUAUGGCCUUAAUAAAGUCCUUCUAAAAGUAGCUGUGUAUGGAUAAUUACACGUGGGAGUUGUGCCAACCCAAACAUGAGGGAGUUCAGAAGGCUCUUCUGGUCUUGCGAGUUUCUCCACCGAAGAAAAAAAAUUGAUUAAAAAAAAGAAAAUAUGGCAAAACUGGGGACAGCACUUCCCUGCAGGCUGCUCCUCAGCUCUUCAUAGGCACUUCAAAAGCUUGAAAAAAAGUCACAGAAUUAGGAACUUAUUAAAUGAGAAUGAAGCGUACCAAUGGAGAAAUAUAAACAGAAAAGCCAGAUGUAUAAUGUCAACUCGUAAUAUGCAGGUUCAAUUAAUUCCUUAAUUCAUUUGUUUUCUUAUCUUCUUUUGCUUUGCCAUCUGGAAAAGGCCUUUCUCCAACGACAAAUUAUAGGAGAAAGAUUCAAAGUUCAAAAUCUGCUUCAGGGAAACGUAGCCUUGUUUCUUUACUCACAGACUUGAGAGAUUCAUGCAGAUGCUUCAGGACAAACCUGGGCCUGGACUUAGGGGGAAAAUAUCUCCAUGGGAGUUUAGGACACUUCUCAAACUUGUACUCUUCAAAGUAAAAACGUGAAAGCAGUUCUGUAAAAGGAAAUGAAGCCAUGGGAACAGCAGAGCCAAUGGUAGGUAUAUUGAAGUAAAAAUGCGUAUCAGAAUGUUUCAUGGAAGAGACUUCUGAACAGCUCUCACUUGUGUUGUUUCAAAGAAAAGCCUACAUUUAUCCAGUAAAAAAAAAUAAACUAAAAAUCAAUCAACUGAUAAAACAAAUUUUACAGUUAAGCAGGUUUGAGUAGCAGAAACACAACUACUUUGUCCUCGGAAGCUCAUCCAAACAAGAGGCAGCAGUACAAUGCUGUGUCCCUUCAGCAAAGUGAUUCAGAGCACAUGAGGCAGUUGGGGUAACAUAGAAAUUGCUGGUGGAUGUGGGCAAAGGAUCUGCACUGCCCUGCUUGAACAACAAACCCCUCUGUUUGUCUAACUGCCUCUGAUGGCUUACAGCAGCACUGCAGCCCAUUGUCAGCUCUUAAUGGAGCGAACCUGCAGAAGAGCCAGAUUUCAGCCUGCAGGAGCAGGCAGCCUCACUCAGUAGUUGCUUUUCUUUCUGAAAUGCCCACACACUGAUUUAUGUAUCUCCUCAACAGUAAAUCAGACUUGUAGAAAUGCAUCCAGUUACAAAGAAGAGUAACAUCCAGGUAUGGCAUGUAACUAAUCCCAGUCCUACACAGUCACCUUCUUUUUUCGUACUUGUUUCUGAAUAAUAACAACACACAAAAAAACCCUAAAAACAGAGAUGUGCACACUGCAACUCACCACCUGUCGUUUUUCAACCUGCUCACUUGAGGAUCUGAGUAAUGGGUGCUGACCCAUUUGCAAACAGAACUGAAAAGCAACUCUGAGCUGCUUCAUGCUGCUCAUGGUACUGCUGCACAGCACACACGAGGUCCAGAGGUCCUAUGUGCUCAUCCAUUCCAAACAGAGGGCUGUCUGGUUGUGAUUUUCCUCAGUUGCUUUAGAUAGAAAACAGAAUGUGAGAUAUGACACGAUGGGACAUAAGGUAAAGCAAAGUAAGGACAGCAUGAAGACCUCAGAAUUCCACAGGUCACUACUGCACCCAUGAAUGAAGGAGGUGUUCCAAUUAAAUGAUGAAAAUAACACUUUUUUUUUUUUUUUUUUUUUUAAGAGGGAUGACACAGAGAGAGCUUCUUGUAUUUGGUGAGUGCAAUGUCAAACACCGUAAGGCAUUAAAGAUCCCUUUUGUACCACAUCACCAUGUAAAUAUACUGACUGCUAAGACUAGGUCAUAACAAGAAUUGCAAGGUCACAAGUGCAGCAACUAGAAACCCUUUAUGGUUUAUUGGUGAGAAGAAAGUCUAGCAAUUUGUAAAGUGAAUUUCCAGCUUUAUCCCACUAACAGCAUUUCAGCAGAAAAAAAGUAACAUGGAAUACCAUCACCAAGCUUUUACAAUCCUAUACUUUUAGAAAAUUACAUUAUGAUACAUCAAUCCCUCUCAGCAUUACAUACGUAGUAUUAACUUAACUUUUUGGGCCCUACACAUACUUGACAAGAACCAGAACUGGGUGCCUGGCCUGCACACACAACUGCUGUUCAUGUGCAUUCACACUCCACAGCUGCAGUGCACAGUGACACCAUCACUCACACACAGAACGGUGCUGUAAGAUGGGAACAGCCACGUGAAAAGAGCAGAGAUCGUUUUCUCAUUCACUUCUCAGCAAACUUCAGCUCUUAGAUGUUUUAGAACUGUUUGCAGAGGCGCCCAAAUUGCACCGACAGCAGUGCCAGAGCUCCACAGGGAGAGCACUACCAAAGCAGCCUCUGCUGGCUCUUAGAAAAACUAACAGUAAAUGUAUCUUAAAAGAGCAGUAAGGACAAUGAGUAAAGAAUAACUUGUUUUCUACUACUGUGUAUCAACUACAGUUUCCUAGCAGCUGGUGCUGUGGAAGGACACCAGAUGAUAGUGUUAUCCAUGAGCUCUACACUUCAUACCUAACUUCCUAAGAUACACAAUGCCCUCCAGAAUAUCCACCUCCUGUGAAUACCAAACAAAAGCUCUCCUAGCAGCAGCAUCUAAAGGACGGUUUAUAAAAGCUGGAUUAUUUUUGCAGUAUCUCCACAGACUGGCCUUUAGGAACUCUGCAAGAAAAAAAUACCUUCAUUGUUCUUUCUGUUGCAUAUGAAAGAAAGGUCUGGCUAAAGGGCAGGUAACAAAGAUUCUACUGAGCAGUCAUUUUAAGUCCAGCAAAAGCAAAGCUACUGUCUAGGCUAUCAUCAAAAACUGUUAGGAAAGACCUCGAUUAUUACUUGUUAAAGCUGCCAAAGAUACAAAGUUAAUUUAAGAGUCCUGUUUAGGGCUGGAGGUGUGGCUCUGCCCCUCCUGCAGACUGAGUUGUUCUGGGUACAUCCUCAGCUUGCUCAGUCCUGCACAUCUCACCUCGCCUUUGUAAGGCAUCGAGCAGCAUACAGAACUCUUCUUUGUGGGACUUCUUUAUAAACCUGAGUGCAAACCACAAAGACAAACUUGCUCACAAUGACUGGAAGUUCCAAACCAUCAGCGUGGGUAUGGAACACCGCAAGGAGGAUGGACGUUCUGUGGUUCUGUGACUUUCUGCUUCAUUUGGAAGCUGCUGCACCAGCAGUGGUUGCCAACAGCAUGGAACAGCUGCCUGGAGUGCUCUUACAGACACACUCACAAGAGACGAUCAGCGUAAAGCUUUGAUUCUCUGCCCUGAAAAGGUUGCUUUUUUUUUUUUUUUUUAAAAUACUUUUUGAGGCUGUUUUUCAGGACUCUCAAAGCUAAUGCUAUAUAUUGUGAAGCAAAUUAGGAUUUCAGUUCUUCCAGUAACAUUUUUAGUAAACUCACAGCAUACACAGCCUCUUAAAAGAUACCGGGUAACUCAGCCUCCCUUCAGUGAAGAAGUUUCUCAAAUACAUUCUUUAAAGCCAACAAUUAUCUUUUUUUCAUUAUUUACAACCUCGUGUUUGUGAUAAGGCCCUCUCAACUGCUUCUGUAGACGUUUGCACUCAUCUGUACCUCUGUCUCAUCCCUCAGCCCAGUCUGUCACACUGCUUUCUUCUCCUGGCACACUGCUGCAGCCACACUUUAGCUCUUUUUCCUUCCAUCCUAAGCAGACAAGAAGGCAGUAACAUUUUAAAGUAACAAACCUCUCAUUUCUGUUGCUACUUCCAGAGCUGUGCUCCUAAGGGGCACACACCAAACAGUUUUUCAUCCCCCCAAAGCCAUUUUCUUAUUAAAUCUCACAGGAAGUUUCACUUUUUUGCACCUGAGAAAAAAUGGAACAAAUACCAAAGGCAAUGAUGGAGAAGAGCACAGCGGACAGCGGCUGCCCAAACACCCUUCUCAAGGAAUCUCAGGAGCAAAAAAGGAAUGGAAGAAGCCACAUUUUAAAGAUGUUUCUUAACCUUGAAUGGUGUUACAAAAACUUUGUCAGCAAUGGUUUCUGGGCAUGGGAUCUAAGAGUAUACAAGGGUUCACUUGCUCAGAAGCUAGUUCAUCUACUGAGGCCCAACACGUUAAAGCACAAAGAGUUUGAGUUUUAUAAGAAAAGAAACAAAAUUACCUUUGCUUCACGUUCGAUAUGUUAGUAAGCAUCUUAACCAAUGAAUCCAACUAAACUGAGAAAUGUGAAGUUAUGCAGCACCUCAGCAGUCAGCACGGUUCCUGUGGACAACACACACAGCACACCAGUAAAGGAUGCUCAGAGUGGGGCUGCUCACAUGGAUUUUAGAAUGAGGCAGGGAAAAGUCUUUCUGAAACAUGGCUACUGGUUUCCUUAUGCUAUAAACAAGCUAAGUUGACAGAUAAUGCUGUUCCCUCCCCGCCAAAACUAUCAGAGCAUGACAACAGUAACAAAAGAAACAUUAAUUUGGGGGCUUUAUUUAAUCUCUUUUUUCUUCUUUUUUUUUUUUUUUUCUUUUUUUAGAUGCUACAUCAUCAAACAGGAUUGGUCUUUUUACGGCAUAGGACUAGUUUACUACUAAUAUUUUUUCCCCUAGAUAGACUUAUUUACAUACAAAAACAGUUUCCUGACCACUGUUUCCCCAAUGCUCAGAUGAUCAAAACUCCCAACAAUUGUGUAGUGCCCAAAACUACAGGAGGCAGAAGAAUCUUGCAUCACUACAGCAGCAGAUUUUUAGUUCUAGUCACUGGCUUUAGAACAGGUGCCUUUUCAUACCAUAAAGCAUUAGUCAAUUUUGUGACAGGAAGGAAACAUGAGAUGAAAUACAUUAAA